GAUUCCUGUAUCGAUCGAACGCUUCAGGCCCUCCCGUAACGUAUGUCAUGGAUGUCGCCACCUUUGGCUCAACCAGCUCACCCUGCUCGGCCCAAUUUAUCAAAAACCUGAAUGCACAGGAACAUGCAGAGGAAUUUCCGGAGGCUGCACACGCUAUAGUUAACAAACAUUACGUGGAUGAUUAUUUCGAUUCCACGUUCACGGCAAGCGAGGCUAUCAAACGAGCAGAAGAGGUGGCAUUCAUCCAUUCCAAUGCAGGGUUCCACAUUAGAAAUUGGGUCUCCAACAAUGAGGAAUUUCAACAACAUUUCGGCGGCAACCCGGAGAGCCACAUCGUUCAUUUCGCCAGCGACAAAUCUAGUUGCAAUAGCACAGAGAGAGUUCUGGGGAUGUCCUGGAAUACGGCGAAAGAUGUCUUCGUUUGCACAACUGUUCUGCGCGACGAUCUGCAAGCAUAUUUGACGGGAACGAAGCUUCCAACCAAACGGGUCUUGUUGAGUGUGGUCAUGAGCUUCUUUGACCCCCUCGGCCUGUGGGCGCCGUUCAUCGUGCUGGGCAAAAUCAUCGUUCAAGAUCUCUGGAGGAAUGGUUGUUCGUGGGACGAGAUAAUCGACGAGUUCUCGGCAAAGAAGUGGUUUCGGUGGAUUGCGCUACUGCCGAGUCUUCAAGCUAUGGAAAUUCCGCGUUGCUACUUCGCUGAAGCGAAACCAUCAGACUAUCGAGACCUCGAACUGCACGUAUUUGCAGAUGCAAGCGAAGAUGCAUAUGGCUGCGUCGCUUAUUUCCGCGUGUUGGUGAAAGGAAAACCAAGAGUGGCCCUUGUAUCAGCGAAAUCGAAGGUCGCUCCGCUGCAGUAUAUGUCAAUCCCCAGGAUGGAACUCCUUGCUGCAGUGCUUGGUGCCAGACUAGCAGCUUCCGUGAAGUCUAACCACUCCGUACUGAUAAAAAGAGUGUUUUACCACAUCGAUUCCGCUACGGUACUCUCAUGGAUCCGCUCCGACCAUAGGAAGUACAAACAAUUUGUAGCUUACCGCAUCGGAGAUAUUUUGAGUCUCACCAAUCCAAACCAAUGGGGUUGGGUCGCUUCAAAGAACAAUAUAGCCGAUGUGUUAACGAAGUGGGGGAAGAAUGGACCACCGUUGGAGACUGGAGGCGAAUGGGUACGUGGCCCUGACAUCCUUUACGAAACGGAUCAAGGGUACCAUCAACGAGAAUUACCACCCCCUGGUGUCAAAGAAGAACUGCGAGCAUAUCAUCUAUUUCACGAAGUUUCGUUUAGCAAAACUCUAAUCGACACCACUCGAUUUUCGCGCUGGACUUUUUUGAUGAGAAGUACAGUUUGUGUGCUCCGUUUCAUUUCGAACUGCCGCAGAAAAGUGAGGAAACUGCCCAUCGAAACCGUACAAGCUACACCCAAGUUGUCAAAGUUGCUGAAGGGGACAUUUUCGUCAAUUAAGUCACCCCUAAAGUCCGAAGAGUAUCAAGUGGCCGAAAACUACCUGUGGAGAACUGCGCAACAAGAAGGAUUUCCCGAUGAAAGGAAGACACUGUUGAACAACAGUGAACUACCUCAAUCUAAAUGGCAUCUCAUUGAACGUUCCAGCCCGCUGUACAGAUUGGCUCCAUUUCUGGAUGCGGAAGGCGUGAUCCGGAUGGAAGGUCGAGCAGCCCAUGCAGAGUUUCUUUCUUUCGAGCAGCGUUUCCCAAUUGUACUCCCGAAGGGUCACGACAUCACAUCGAAAGUUCUCCUACACUAUCACACAAAGUUUGGCCACGCGAACCGUGAGACAGUGGUGAACGAACUGAGACAAAGAUUCUACAUUCAAAAUAUUCGUGCGGCAGUUUUGCAGGUGAUGAAAGACUGUCAAUGGUGCAAAAUCAACAAGUGUAUACCAGCGGUUCCUAGAAUGGCUCCAUUGCCAGUGCAGCGGCUCACCCCUCACCUACGACCGUUCAGUUAUGUGGGAGUUGACUACUUCGGCCCAGUAGUCGUUACAGUAGGGCGACGUUCAGAAAAGCGGUGGAUUUGCCUUUUCACCUGUCUGGUGACUCGGGCUAUCCAUAUGGAAGUCGCGCACAGCCUGAGCAGCCAGUCGUGCGUCAUGGCUAUCCGGCGGUUUAUUUGCAGAAGAGGGGCUCCAUUGGAAAUUUUCUCCGAUAAUGGAACGAAUUUUCAAGCAGCAAAUAAGGAGUUGAUUCAAACAGUACAGUCCAUCGAGAUGGAAUGCGCGGAUAUCUUCACGGACGCUAGGACCCGUUGGAGCUUCAAUCCCCCGGCAGCUCCGCACAUGGGCGGUAUAUGGGAGCGGUUGGUACGUUCAGCAAAAGAGGCACUGAAGGCUAUACACGAUGGCGGUAAGUUAACUGACGAGAUAUUAUUGACUGUACUAUCCGAAGCAGAAGAUAUGGUAAAUUCCCGACCGCUGACAUACGUGCCCCAAGAAUCAGCUGACAGCGAGGCGCUCACACCUAAUCACUUUUUGCGCGGCUUACCUUCUGGAGUACGUGAAGAGGCCAAAAUGCCAACUAGUUCGGCUGAAGCGUUGCGGGAUAACUAUAAGCGGUCUCAACAGUUAGCUGACAUAUUAUGGAAGAGGUGGUUGAAGGAAUAUAUUCCGACUAUUAAUCAUCGGACCAAAUGGCUUGGCGAACGAGAACCUAUCGUAGAAGGUGAGCUGGUCUACAUCACUGAUGGGAACAACCGAAGGACCUGGAUUCGGGGGACAGUCGAGAAAGUGUUCAGAGGUGUCGACGGACGGAUCCGAUGAGCACUAGUUAGAACGUCGAAGGGUGUCUACAGGCGAGCAGUUGCAAAGCUGGCGGUGAUGGAGUUACGCACUAAUUCUGGCCCGACCCCUGGCCACGGACAAGAGUUACGGGAGGGGGAGUUGUUACCACCACCGCUGGGCACGUCGACGGUGAAAUGUCAUCGUUUGAGGUCGUCUGAGAACACUGCCACUGGCAACCAAAAUUAGAAGAAGAUUUGUUUAUACUUGGUCAAAAAGAAGUGCAGAUUAUUAAGCUACCACGUUUUGAAUUAUUCUAAGUGAAUUUGUAAUAUUAAACCUAUAAUUCGAUCAUCCUAAAUAUUAUAAAAGUAAAGAUCACGUAAGUAAAUAUCUCGCUAUUGCAGAAGGCUUGAAUUGUGAAUUUGUCUAGUUUACAGAUCGGGUUGUAGUUGAUUUCGCGGCGAAUUGAUUUGUUCCACCAAAGUCGAAUUAAGAGAAAGUCAUUGAUUUUUGAGCUGUACGACCAAUAUCGUCUGCUGUGAAAAGACUUUUUACUUUCGGUGAGAACAC